UCGUCACAUUUGGAGUAACGACAAUGAUCGCUAAGGUCGCCUACCUUGCUGUCUGCAUCAUCGGCUUCGCCCACGCCGGCGCUAUAGCUGGCUACGGCGGUCUCGGCUACGGGGCUGGCCUUGGCUACGGCUCUGGACUUGGCUACGGAGGCCUCGGCUACGCUGGCUACGGCGGAUUAGGCUACGCUGGCUACGCCCCGGCCACUUCUUACGUGCAUCGCGUUGACUACAACACUGACCACCAUGGCUACGGGGGUUAUGGAGCUGGUUACGGAGCUGGUUACGGUGGUUACGGAGCUGGUUAUGGCGGUUACGGUUCUGGUUACGGCUACGGAGGUUAUGGUGGUUACGGAAACGGACUGUAUGGCGGUUAUGGCGGAUGGUAAUUCAGGAAUAUAAACGAGGUGAUCAAAACGAGUUUUGCGAAUUAUUUUUGGUACCUAUAUGUAUUGAAUUGAAAUAAAUUAGCUAUUUAUUGAAA